AUGUACCAGGAGGAUGACCCACCUGAGGACAUGAAAGAUUUGAGCUGUCUCUUGCCCACCGCCAAUGGCAAGAGCUGCUUCCACUGCUGGCCAGAGCUGCCUGCACUGAUAGACUAUGACCUGCAGAUUCUUUGGGGCACCCCAGGGCCACCUGCGGAGCUCUCCCACAGACUCCACUCCCUGUUCCUGGACAGUCAUGCUUUCCUCGAAUCCUGGUAUCUUGAUAAACCAUCACUUCUGGAAGAGGUUCAUGUCCUGAAGCAGCAGUUUUCCAAGCAUCUGGAGGACCUAUCUGAAGAGCUGAAGGAGAAGGACAUCCACUCCACACUGGAGGUCAUCAGCUGUGCCACUUGCAAGACCCACUUCCUCACCUGCCAAGACCCCACUCUCUGCCCAGGGACCAGGAGGAACUUCCUGUGGGCUGUGAGCCUCGGCAUUGCUCUGCCCCUGGCGGCCCUAACUGGAGGUGGGUGAGUGCCUGCUUCAAGCCCCAGCAUCCCCAAGGAAGACACGCCUACUCCUAGACUGACCCAUCUCCACCCCGAUUCCUGGCCCAGAUGUUACAUUUUCUGGUUCGAGAAGAAGAAAAAGAAGAAGGAGCAGGAGGCAGAAAAGGAGGUCCUGGGGCAUCCAGAACUCUCCCAUGGAGGGGAAGCUGUGUCCGCCUGGGGGCAGCAAGGCUAGCGACCCCAAGUCUGGCUCCCGGGGCCUCACAUCCAAAGGAGUAUAGGAUCAAGGGCCAGGACUCAGGAGGGCCCCCAACAGCCCCCAGUGUGAGCAGACCCACCCAGGGCCAGGCGCCUGGGACAGAGCAGCAGCCAUGCCCCAAGUCUCUACCUGAUCCACAAAGUUU